CGGCAAAUGAUUAUGACAAGUGCAACUUGGCCAGAUGCCAUUCGUCGACUUUCACAAACUUAUUUGAAAGAGCCUAUGAUCGUUUAUGUUGGUACUCUGGAUCUAGUUGCUGUAAAUACAGUGAAGCAAAAUAUAAUUGUUACCACAGAAAGAGAAAAACGAUCUCUUAUCAAAGAAUUCCUACACAGCCUGUCACCGAAAGACAAAGUCAUCGUGUUUGUCAGUAGAAAAAUUGUUGCUGAUGACUUAUCCAGCGAUUUAAGUGUCCAAGGCCUAUCUGUACAAUCCUUGCAUGGAAACAGAGAACAGAGUGACCGUGAGCAGGCAUUAGAUGACUUUAGAAGUGGAAAUGUGAAAAUACUGAUUUCUACUGACUUAGCAUCCCGAGGUCUUGAUGUUGAUGAUAUCACACAUGUGUAUAAUUACGAUUUCCCAAGAAACAUUGAAGAAUAUGUACACAGAGUAGGGCGCACUGGAAGAGCAGGGAAGACUGGCACGUCCAUUACCCUUAUGACUAAAAAUGAUUGGAAGACUGCCCCUGAAUUGAUUAAAAUUCUGGAAAGAUCAAAUCAAAGUAUCCCAGAAGCUCUUGUAACAAUGGCCAAAAAAUACAAGUUAGGUGAACAAAAUAGAGACACAGGAAACAAAUCAAAACUAUUUCAACAAAAACCCAAGGAGUUUCAUUAA